GAGGAGCCGAGUGGAGCUCUCGCUCGAGGGACAGAUGACGAGGCGCGUGGGCGAGGGAGGACUUUUCGACCGCUGAGACGCGCGUGGCUUCCGUCAUCGCGAAACCAGAUAGGCCAAAAAAAACAAACUUCAACGGAUUCUCAACCCACCAGCGGAUGAAAGCAUUUCUCCGGUAUUUCUGUGAAAAACAUUUUUUAACAACACACACGGAGGGGGGGUGGGGGGCGUGAAACAUCCUCGGUGGUGGUGGCGUUUGGUGGUCGUCACGAUGGCUCUGGGCUGAGUUUGUAAGUUAUUUUGUUGCAGCGAGCCGUCGCUCGAGCCCCGGUCGCGUCAAAGUCCCUGGCGAAGUCUUCGCGAGAAUAGAGACGCCAGAGAGAGAGAGAGCGAGAGAGAGUCAGAACCGGCAACGUACAAUAUCUCCCCCCCACUGAGUUAAAGCCCACUUCGCUAAGGAGCUCUUUUCAUCGAGGGCAGAGGCGGGGCGUGCGGGAAUUCACGCGUCUCGUCCGUCGUCACCAUUCAAGCUCCGCGCUCGAUGCGUUUUGAUUCUUUCAAUUUUGAUAUUUUUUUCUAAGUCGCCGGUUCGCUGAGCGCAAAGCCCAAAGAGACCCCGAAAGAAAGAAGAAAUCGCCGAGCGGCCAGCGACAAUCACAGCACACUCGAAGGUGCAGGAAGACCCCGCUGGGCGGACCGUCCGAACGAUGACAAGGAGCUCGUUCAACGACUUCGUGUCAGACCUCCGUCCAAACGUCGUUCAACGCCCGACAUCUGCGUGACGAUCACACGCCAACAACAAAAACCUGCGCCUGCUACGACUAUAUACACACACACACGCAUCUCUCUCUUUCUCUGUGUAAACCGAAACACGUGAACGUCGAUACGGUAUUGGCAACUGACCGGCUCGCUCUGCGUAUCAAGCGUCGGGGUCGACCCUAACGCCUGUAGGCCUCUGGGCUACAGCUACUGUGAGGGCCCCCAGUAAUGUUUCCCAAAGGAAAACAAAGUUAAAGAAAAAUAAAAUAGAUUUUGACAAGGCUAACAACAAAUAAAAUUCAGUAAUUCACAAGCGAAAUCACUUUUCACUUCAUCUGUGGAGGCCCUCCGGCUGGCGGAGGCCCCUGGGCUGCGGACAUUUUAAAGUUGAUGGACCGAGACCCGACGACCGAGCGGAGUUUGCCCUCGGAGGUCCACGUGGCACCGAGGAUUGUUUAUUUUUUUCUAAAAUAAAUUGAACUUUACCGAACUGCAACCACGUAUCCUACGGUCGGUCAAAGCCGGCGUCCGUCGCUUGAUGAUGGCGCAGGAGGAAGGGAUCACUGCGUAGGGAGCGUCCGGCCGUUUGCCCUCCGACGAUCUGCCCUCCCGUUGUCACAUACUCCGUCGGUACCCGGCUCAUGAAUAUUGGGGCCUCAAUAAACGAGGCGCCUCCUUAAUCACCAGGACCUGCUGACCUUCAUCACCAGGAUCGCCUGACCUCCUUCAUCACCAACAUCACCUUCAUCAAUAUUGAAACGGUCUCGUGACAGUGAGACCUCUCCGUCAAUACCGGGAGCCUGCUCACCAAACACCGCCAAUCUUCACCCUCGCCGAUCUCCGCCACCGUAACCUCGCCAUGGCCCUCGUGGCGGCCGACAACGCGGCCGCCGCCGCCGGCGCCACGGCCUUCUCGCUGCCGGGCGUCCUCUUCAACGCGAGCGGCGCUCCAACGGCGUCGACGAUGGAGAACGCGACGGCGUCGACGUCGCCCUCCUGCGCCGCCAAGUCGACGCCGAACCGCACCUCGCCCUGGUACUCGGCGAUCUUCACCGCCGCGGGGCUCGCCUCCAACAUCUUCGCCCUCGUCGUGGUGGCGAGGGCGGCGCGCCGCACGCGCAGCCGCUCGCGCGGCGCCUUCCUCGCCGUGGUCACGGGCCUCGUCGCCACCGACCUCGCCGGGCUGGCGGUCACGGGCGCCGUCGUCGUGAGCAUGCACGCGCUCGACCUCGAGUGGACGAGGGUGGACCCCCGGCGCCACCUCUGCCGCUUCUUCGGCGGCUGCAUGGUGUUCUUCGGCCUGUCGCCCCUGCUGCUGGGCUGCGCCAUGGCGGUCGAGCGUCGCCUCGGCAUCGCGCGGCCGCUCGUCCACGCCGCCGUCGUGACGCGGCGCGGGGCCGGCGCGGCCGUGCUCGCCGUCUGGGCCCUCGCGCUCGCCGUGGCGGUGGCGCCCGCCGCCGGCCUCGGCUCCUACUCGGUGCAGUGGCCGGGCUCGUGGUGCUUCCUCGCGACGGAGGGGGCGGACGGAGGCGUCUUGCAGCCGGCGCACGCGGCCGGCGCCGUCGUGUUCUCCCUCCUGGGUCUCGUGUCCCUCGCCGCCUCCCACCUCUUCAACAGCACCACUGUGCUCACGCUGGUGCGAGCUCGCCGCUGCGGUGCCGGUGCCGGGGCCGGGGCCGGCGCUCGGAGGCGGCACCGCGCCAACAAGCACGAGUUGGAGAUGGUGGUGCAGCUGCUGGGCAUCAUGGUGAUCGCCACCGUGUGCUGGACUCCGCUGCUGGUGUUCAUCGCCACCAUCGCGCUCAAGAGCAGCCUCAUACCGGCCGAGCGCCACUGUAGCACGCUCAUCCUGGGCAUCCGCAUGGCGACCUGGAACCAGAUCCUCGACCCCUGGGUCUACAUCUUGUUCCGCCGCUCCGUCAUGCUGAGGCUGUGCCCCGGUUUGGGCGGCGGCGGCGGCGGCACCGCAGCCUCGUCCGUCCGGAGCGCGUCAGCGGCGUCCGUGUCGAUGGCGGUCUACGGCGCCGCGCUUCGCACCGCCGCCUCCGUGAAAGGCGCGCCAGAGGGGGCGGUGGUGGCGGCGGUGGCUGUGGUCACCACGCCUCGGGGCCGAGCGGCCGUGAUGCCCGCGGUGAACGGGGGAGGACGCGGAGGAGGAGGCGGUGGUGGUGGUGGAGAUACGGGAGAUCGACGAGACGGUGGAGAUGGAAGAGGAGAUGGAGGAGGAGAAACAGAGGAGGAGAGUCGCUUGUGAACGCAGUCGCCCCUCGGCGCGUGCCGACUGUGGCCGUGUUGAAUGCCGGUGGAGGAGGAUGAGCAGGAGGAGACAUCGCGGGAACAGGAGACUGUGCGGCCAGGCCUCGUCAAUGAGCAAAGAAAGAUGGAAGAGAAUCAUAACAUUGGAACCUCUUCUCCAUUGCCCAUUGUACCUCUUCAUAAUUUUUUUUUUAAAAUCAAGAUUGAAAACUAAUUUCUUUAGAAACUGCUUGUAGUGUGUUUAGUUUGUUGUCCUUCCCCCCGCAUCUCCGAUUAGCGCGGCUGGCUACGCACGGUGCAAAAGAAGUUCAACAUACAGUGUGCAUCAAUUAUAGAAUUAUCUUCCUCUCCUUGCCUGCCCUCGUCCCCGCACGUCUUCCCGUCCCUCCCCGCAUCCCUUCCGUGAUCCCUAGGCACCCCCUCUAUCUCGGCCACUCAUUCCUCAACCCUCGCAGCACUACCCCUGCCAUCUAAACUCAAAAUCAUUAUGUUCUGUAUAGCGCCUUGGGCGAAGGCGCAUCCAUAAAAAAAUAUAUUAAUAUAUGUAAAAUAUAAAAAUGUGAUUAUAAACUGCACAAACUCCCCCCGCUGUUGCCACCACCCGCUCCCUUCACCCCGAGGGGCUCCACGUGCUCCACCUACGAGCCCGUGAUUUAGAUGGCGCCAUGGCAGUGAGUUACAGGGUUUGUUAUUUAAAUCACGGCCGUUGAGCAGAGGCCCAAAGCGAGGCCUAUGCGCAUGUCCAGCGUAGGAGUUGUGGCAACCACCACAGCGUGUUCGGUGUGAAGGCGACCUCGGUCGAUGAAGUUUGGCGUUGGUGGCACGUGACGCAGUAGCCACCGUGCCGAGCGAGAGGUGGAGAGCGUGUCGGAGAGCCCUCCCCUGGAGUGCACGGCCAAUCGGGGCGACUGCCCCGGGCCCCACGCUUUGGGGAGGGUGUGCCCCGCUCUUCAAGGUCACGGUGUCAGAUGUAAUCACACUCCCCGCCUCCCUCUCUCCUGUCCUCUUUAGCCAUUUGUCCCUCUCUACCUCGCUCUCUCCCUUCUUCCAUUCUUCCCCCCUCCCUGCCCCCACCUCCCAUUCCGCCUUUCCGGAGACGACCACCAGAGUUUGAAAAAAUAAACACCACAACAGUGUCUUGUGUUCGUGACCUCCCUCCCUCCCCCCUCCUCCGUCUGCUCUCCCCUGGCUCUGUAACAUCUCGAGAUGGCCGUUGACGCUGAGCCGUCCCCUCGGGGUUCACGGCAAAUCGGGGCAACUGCCCCGGGCCCCGCGCUUUGGGGGGGGGGGGCGGUGCCCUAUUAUAGGCAACGGUUAGCACACCGGACUUGCAAUCCAGAGUUCGCCGGUUGAAUUAAAAUCUCCGGCAAUUGAAACGACGGCCGAACGCCCGAAUCACCAUCGCCCCUGUCCACCCAUCGGUGUCACUUGGGUGCACACCCAAGCUCAGUCCCGUCCAACGCGACAUCGGGAAGAGUAGGCCUACGUGCCCAUCGACGCGGAGGUCCUCAGGCAGUGCCCUCCUCCUAGCGGACGACAGCUUCCAUCGGCGGCGGCGGUGCAUGUGUAGUGGCGUUAACUACUCGCUGUUCGCAAACUGUGAGGGAUCGGAUCGUAAACAAGGGUUUCCCGCUCAAUCAAACGGUCAGGGUCAAAUGGGGUGAGGUAGGAUCCAAACGCCAGAUUGGGAAGGACCAAUCGGAGGGUUCCACAGGGUGGCCGGGGAUUGGACAACCCGGCCACGAACAGGUAUAAAAGCCGGAGCGCUGAGAGCUCUUGGCCAGUUCUGCUACACGAAGACCCAAGUCGGCCGAAGACAUCUAGGAUAGGGACUGUGUGUUAAGAUAAUAAACAGUGUGUGCCAUACAGAAGUUUAGGAAGUCCGUCCUUUACAACACUACACAUGCCGACAAUCGCCGGGGGCUGCGUUGUGGGGGUGCGGGGGGGGGCUACUCCUCGGCGUGCCCCUCCCCCCCUCCCCCCCUCCUCGUGCAUCACUUACCACGUCAUAAUGGAAGCUGCCGGCCAAGCCCCUUUUGAUUGGUUUAGCGGGCACGCUCUUUGCUGAUUG